AUGGACGACCGAGUGGUGACACCCGACACCCGUCCCACGGACGAGAUCGACACCUUUGUCGAGGUCACCUUCGAUGGUGUGGCGAAGCGGACUCGCAUUUGCCAGGACGACGUGUCGCCCAGCUUUAACGAUGACCUGGUCUUUGAGCUGGCCCUCGCCAAGACCAGCAGCAGCAACGAGAUGCAG